UAUUAUUAUUCAUAAUAGUAAUGGAACUCGAAGCGAAACAAAUAGCAACAAGUUCACUUUCUAAAGAUGUCACGUCUUAUUGGUCAAAGAAAUUAUAUGAUAAAUGGAUAACAGCUAGUGUCGAUCCAAAAUCAUAUUAUACUCAUAUUUUAAAAGUGGCAACUAACUAUGAACAAUGGGCAGAAGCUGCAGCAGCACUUGAUGAAUAUGAAGGUAAUGACGAAUGGAAAAAGGAUCCUGUUUCUACUGAAUAUGAUUGGGAACUUGUUCAGAAUCGUUUAAAUCAACUUCGAAUUGUACGAGACCAAAAUAAUCCUAGUGCUAUGAUAUUUCAACUACGGACAAGUUUAGCUCGGAAUUUAGGUGAUAUGGGAAAAUCAACGUUAUAUGCUCAUUCUAGAGUGGGUACAAAAGUAUUGAUUUCUACUUAUAUUGAGGAAGUCACUAAACAAUUAAAUUGGAUUUGUGAUGAAACAAGUGAAUUGGAUUAUCAAGCAAAACAUGAUUUCUUUAUGAAUAUUCGACAAAGUUUUGGAAGAACAGCUCUUUUAUUAAGUGGUGGUGGUACUUUAGGACUUUAUCAUCUUGGUGUAUUGAAAUGUUUAUUCAAUGCCAGAUUGUUACCUCGAGUGAUUUCUGGUGCAUCAAGUGGAAGUAUCAUGGCUGCUUUACUUUGUACAAAAACUGUAGAUGAAAUACCUCAUAUGUUUGAUCCUACUGCUGUGAAAUUAGAUGUAUUUGAACGUGAUGGAUACCCUGAUACCCCAUUUAUGCGUUUGAAAAGAUUAUUAUCAGAUGGUCAACUUUAUGAUGUGGAAAUUUUGACAGAAGCCAUGAAAGUGAAUUUAGGUGAUGUUACUUUUCAAGAAGCUUUCAAUCGAACAAGAUGGAUUUUAAACAUUACCGUGAGUUCUUCAACUGUAUAUGAUAUGCCUCGAUUGUUAAACUACUUGACUGCUCCCGAUGUGGUGAUUUGGUCUGCUGUUGCUGCUUCAUGUGCUGUACCUGUUUUUUAUGGAUCAUCACCUCUUUAUGCAAAAGAUAAAAAUGGCAAUAUUGUGCCUUGGAAUCCUAGUGAUCAACUAUACAUUGAUGGGUCUGUGGAAAAUGAUCUGCCUAUGAAUAGAUUAUCAGAACUUUUCAACGUCAAUCAUUUUAUUGUGUGUCAAGUUAAUCCACACGUGAUACCUUUUCUACCAAAGUCGAAUGCCAUUUCUCCUAUUAGACAAGCAGCUAGUUUUUGGAUGCAUCUUGCCAAUACUGAAGUUCAACACCGCUGUACUCAGUUAACCGAGCUAGGUAUUUUCCCCUCCAUCUUCUCGAAAAUGAAAGCUGUCAUGUCCCAAAAAUAUUCUGGUGAUAUUACCAUUGUACCUGAUGUGAAUUAUACAGAUUUUUUCAAAGUAUUAUCCAAUCCUUCGCAAGAAUUUGUUGCUCAUGCUAUUGCUCAAGGAGAUCGUGCUACCUGGCCAAAAAUGUCCAUCAUCAAAAAUCAUUUACAGAUUGAAUUAACCAUAGAUACCAUACUUUAUCGACUUCGAUUACGUCAUAUUUCUCAAAUCCCUGCUCCUUUGCCUGCUCCUAGACCUCAUCUUGAAACAAGAUCGACCUCUUUAUUGAGUUUCGCCACCACAAGUCAUCACGAAAAGGUCGAUCAUAGUCAAAAGAAAUAUCAUGAUGAUGAUGAUGAUGAUAAUGACGGUAACGAUGAUGAUGAUGAUUGUACAACAAAGGAUACCAAACAUGGAAAGAUAUCAACUAUGAAAACUACUGUCUCCACUGUAUCAAACAGAAAAGCAGCAUCGAAAUAUAGACAGUCGACCAAACGUGAUUUAUGGAUGACAUCGAACUGAUUUACAACAAAUAUAUCAAAAAGGAACGAUUAGAUAGAAUAAUAAUAAUGAACUCGUUGUAAUAAAGACUAUAUAGAUCAUGAUGUUUGAUUGAUGACGAUCGAUGAUAUCUAUACUAUGAUGAUGAGUAUUCCGGGGGGUCUAUUUUAGUUAUUCAUAAAUAUUAUCCUUAGCUAUUGCACUAUG